AUGGCGACUUUAGUUCCCCCUCCUUCGAAAAAGCAAAGGCGUCAAGCUCAACAACCAAAGGAGAUCGAUUUGAUGCCUAAAGAUCUACCAAACGUUUUGGUAAACUUUCAAGCUUUUGACAGUGGUGAAGCUGUGGGAAACGCUGUCAGGGUGCCUGGUGGGAUCAGUGAAAAGCAGCUUGAAGAACUCUUAAAUCAGUUCAGUGGGAAUGCUGAGGAUCCCGUUCCAUACAGUUUCAGCUGCCUUGUCACAGGCAAGAACGGUCAACCAGAUGAGAUGAUAGAUAUUAAAGACAAUUUGUACAACUCCGUUUUGAAGCCGGGGCUUAAGACCACGGAAGACUUUUUAACUAUUGUGUUCACGCCUCGAGCGAUCUUUAAAGUCAAACCAGUGACUCGGAGUUCUUCAGCAAUCGCUGGUCAUGGAUCGACAAUUCUAUGUUCGGCUUUUGCACCCAAUACUAGUUCACGGAUUGUAACGGGAUCAGGAGACAACACGGCUCGAAUUUGGGACUGUAAUACGCACACUCCGCUGUAUACGCUACAGGGACAUGUCAACUGGGUGUUGUGCGUCUCAUGGUCGCCAGACGGCGAGAUUAUCGCUACAGGUUCAAUGGACAACACUGUGCGUCUGUGGGAUCCGAAAAAGGGUCAGGCAUUAGGAGACGCCCUGAGAGGGCAUGCGAAAUGGAUCACCUCGUUGAGUUUUGAACCACUUCAUCGUGUUAAGCCUGGUAAUCGUCCCAGAUUGGCAUCUGCGUCAAAAGACGGUACCAUAAAAAUCUGGGAUACUAUAAGCAGAAAUUGUCUCAUGACUUUAAGCGGACACACAAAUUCUGUCUCGUGCAUAAAAUGGGGUGGAAGCGGUAUCGUAUACAGCGGGUCGCACGACAAAACAAUACGGGCCUGGGAUAUUGAUGGCGGUGGUAAGUGUACUAAUAUUUUAAAAUCUCAUGCGCACUGGGUAAACCAUCUUUCUCUUUCGACGGAUUACGCCCUGAGGAUAGGGCCCUUUGACCACACCGGAGAAAAACCAUCGUCUCCAGAAGAAGCUCAAAUCAAGGCGUUAAGAAACUACGAAAAAGUCGCCAAAAAAAACGGGCAUUUAGAGGAGCUCAUGGUUACAGCGAGUGACGAUUUUACCAUGUAUUUAUGGAACCCAACAAAGGCUACCAAACCGAUUAUUAGAAUGACUGGUCAUCAGAAACUUGUCAAUCACGUCGCGUUCUCUCCAGAUGGAAGAUAUAUUGUCUCUGCCUCUUUCGAUAAUUCCAUAAAACUAUGGGACGGAAGAAAUGGUAACUUCCUAGCAACUUUCAGGGGCCAUGUUGCAAGCGUUUACCAAGUGGCAUGGUCUUCAGAUUGCAGACUGCUGGUCUCGUGCUCUAAAGACACGACGCUGAAGGUUUGGGACGUAAAAACUAAGAAACUCUCUGUCGAUUUACCGGGGCAUAAAGAUGAGGUUUAUACUGUUGACUGGAGUGUCGACGGCAAGAGAGUUUGUAGUGCUGGUAAAGACAAGAUGGUCAGGAUCUGGACUCAUUGA